AUGAUAGAUAACAAACAACGAAAAGAAUCUCAUCCUACCAUGCUUCAUAAUCAUUUACAGCUAUUUCUGUUUUUCCUAUUAUGGAGAGAACUAAAUAAAGCUGAAAUUCAAACUCAUUUCAACCCAACAAAUGUUUCACUUUUCGCAAACUGUCAACGCGAAAGCUUAAGCUAUCUUAAGUUAGCAAGCGAGCAUUAA